CAGGUUACUCCUUGCUCUGACUGUUCAUGUAUAUAACAGCUGUUUUGCUACAAUUUUGUGUCGGUAAUUAUCAUAGUGCAAAAUCUUUGUUAGAUUUGCACAAUAUUGAUCUGGCUAGAUGGAUCGUAAGCAGCGUUAGAUGUCAAACGGCAGUGUAAAUAAAAAAUUUAAUUACACGUUGCGUGGCUGUUUCGCGGGCUUGAAAAGGCCUACGGUUGCAGUUUUAUUAUCCAUACGUGUGAAGCAGCGAACGAAAACUUGAAAAAGUGAAGGUCUGCUGACAGAAUACGGAAAAGUGACAGAAACGCGCGCACUGAAUUCUCAUACAAUCUCGAACACAGUAGCAACUCAACCUCACUACUAUAAUUUUUUAGAAUCUGUGAUAACUACAAGGUUAGCAUUACCAAAUCGAUCUGGCGUGCGGUACGAAUAAUUAGAUUUUAGUUUAUUAUGUACUUUUUACUCGCGUUUAAGUAACGACUUAAGAAUAACUAGUUAUGCACAAUUGAGUGUAACUUCAGCGACUCCUCCAACUGAUGCCGAAUAUAGUUUGUUGAUUUUUCACUUCGAAUUUCGAUAAAAUGAGGAACUUUGUUCCUGAUUUGAUAAUAUGCUUCAUCAUAAUCGUGACAGUGACAGCGGUGCGAUUGAUUUCAAACAUCCUACAUGAGAGUCUCGGUGGAGGACCUGUAAUUCCGUCUAUUGUUGAGACGGUAGUAGCUCAGACAGAGGAACUCACUCUGUCGCAGUUGAUAGAUAGGACAUCGAAAGAGUACUCCUGGUUGUUAAGGCUGUCCGUUAAUACUCUAGGGUAUUUGUGCAUUUUCGUUCCAGGAGUGGUGAUUUAUAAGUAUACUCGAAAGAUAAAAUAUUUGGAUCGAUCGGACAAGACAUUCUUCGGUAACUUGGUACGAGUUUGCUUUGGCAGUUCAACCGAUGGAGAACGAGGAAUCGAUGGUCGUAUAUCGGAUAAAGGUGCCGUUGGCAAGAGAAGCUCGUGGCAGGAGUGCAUUCUGCUUUUUUACUGCUUAGCUGGACUGAUGGGAUCGUACUUGACCUGGGGCGUUCUUCAGGAGAAAAUAAUGACUCAGGAGUAUGAGAAUGCAGAUAAAAAGAAAGUACACUUCAAAGAUUCACAAUUUUUAGUUUUCACCAACCGCGUUUUAGGAUUUUUGAUAACUGUCGUGUAUCUAGGAGCAAAAAGUCAGCUGAAGCAGAGAGCUCCUCUUUACAAGUACUCUUUUGCAUCGUUUUCGAACAUUAUGAGUGCAUGGUUCCAAUAUGAAGCGCUAAAGUUUGUUAACUUCCCCACGCAAGUGCUGGCGAAAUCAUGCAAGAUCAUCCCGGUGAUGAUCAUGGGCAAAAUCGUUUCCCGUAACAAAUACGAGUUCUAUGAAUACCUAACCGCUAUUAUGAUAUCGGUGGGGAUGAUCUUUUUUCUGACUGGAUCAACGGACGAAUCCAAAACGACGGCCAUGACAACGCUGACCGGUGUUUUACUGCUCACGUUCUAUAUGAUAUUCGAUAGCUUUACCUCAAACUGGCAGGGUGAACUGUUCAAAACCUAUUCCAUGAGCUCAAUCCAGAUGAUGUGCGGUGUUAAUCUAUUCAGUACUUUGUUCACUGCUGCAUCGCUUUACAUGCAGGGUGGCUUCUACAGUUCACUUCAAUUUGCAGCCGAGCAUCCAAAGUUUGUCAUGGACUGUGUCGUCCUUUCGAUAUCCUCGGCAAUCGGUCAGUUGUUCAUUUUCUAUACGAUAGCUACUUUCGGACCGGUGGUUUUUACAAUCAUCAUGACUCUGCGACAAGCGAUUGCCAUUCUGCUGUCUUGUUUGAUUUAUAAGCAUAGUAUUUCGCGUCUUGGUAUUUUAGGUGUUAUGAUUGUGUUUUUGGCAAUCUCUCUUAGGGUCUAUUGCAAUCAUAGGCUGAAGGCGAUUAAGCGACGGCACGCGACCGAUACUGCUGCGGGGAAGUUGAGGUUGAAUGUAUGAAUUAUCGAAACGCUUGAGGGUUUGAAGCUUGUUUUAUAAAGUUGUUCAUUUAAUAAAAGCACAAGCUCAUGCAUACCAGCGAGUAGACUUAAAACGGAGAAUGCAAGUGAUCGACAUGCUAGGUUUAAAUAAGAUUUGAAAGUUGUAAGAAACUUAUGAAUGAUGUUAAUGUCAUCACGGUGUAUUUAUUAGAACAAUUUUAUGCAAAAAAAUUCAGCAUCUCUGAAACUUCGGAAUAUGAAAGAAUGGGCUUUCCCCUUUCAUUUGAAACCAAAAUCAAAAUAAUCCGUCGGGGGGUCUAGAGCAACUUUUUUUUUGAAGUUUUUUUUCGUGAAAACAUAGAUUUUACAAUGGAACUAGUUCAUAUUCCUGCCCCCAGAUGGUGCUUUAUAAUUCGAACAACACUAAAAGUGAGAAAUUGAUAGAAAAUUCAAUUGUCUACAAGUUUGUCGACCACUAUAAAUUGAUCUGAAAUCAUCCGGAAAAGUUGUUUAAGAUUUUAACAAAGUUAUAUCUAAGAUAGUUUCACACGAGGCCUAGUGGUUUGGAAAUAUGUUUUCUCGCACUUAUUACAUUACCAAAAAAAAAAAUAAUUGGGUUUAGUGGCAUGAAAAUAUUAGACGGGAUUCAUUACGUUGACAAUUCUAAUUGAACUUCUGAAAAUAAGGAUGUUUGACAGAGUCAGAGAACUAUUUGUGCUUUUGGUUUGUAAUCCUUCCCGAUAGAUUCGAAGGGAUUACCAUUCAUCGGAAGGUAUUGCUUGGUUACAAGGGUUUGCUUACAUUUAUGUUUUAGAAAGGACCAUACGUCGUAUAACUUAGGUUAUGAUCGCUUAAGUCAGCUAUUAUUAUUCCUUUGAAGACGAAAUUUUGGGACACACCGUUUCUAAUUUAACGCAACCCACAGUAGUAACUGUCCAAAUUAGUGGUUAGCGUGAAACGAUUUAUUCAAGUUUUCUCCGAAAAGCAUAUUGUGGCAGUUGUAUUUUACGGCCAUUUCCUAUCAAUUAUGCGAGAUAUCGUUACCAAAUUGAUCCUAAAUUAUGCGAUAUGUAUUACUUUUGAAAACAAAAUAUGAUUUGAGUACAACAAUAACCUUAUAUACAUAGAAGUCCUCGAAUAUAUCCCAAAAAAAAUCUUGAUCCAAAAACUCAAAGUUUUUUGUUCACUCUUUGUCACAUUGAGUUAAUUUUGAAAACGGAUAAUCAGCGUUUUAACCAAUCGUUGCAAUGAAAUCCGCGAAAUAUUGCAAUGGUGCGUUAAAAGUUUCAUUGAGUUUGUUCAAAUAUAAAUGUUGAAGUUCAGGACAAGUCAAUUUUAUACGAAGAUGCUAACAGAGUAGGAGAUUCACGUAAGAAUAGUUAUCAGUCAUCCCUGAGAACAAUCGAAUAAAUGAAAAAGAAGGCAUACAUAAUUGAAAAAGCUGUUUCUGUGGGAGGAAUCACUUACCAUCAUGAAAAAGAAUAUUAAUAUCAUACUAGUUUGGUCAACACUUAUCUAAAACUUCUCAUCCCAAAAAUAUGAAUGGUGCCCUGUAUCAGGGAAUUAUAAUUUUCAGCUAAAAGAUGAGACUUUCCAAGCUCUCAAAUUCCGCUGAAUUCACUAUUGAACUAAACACAACUAUUUGGCAAAUAAAAAAAGUGCUUGUGAAUUGACAAACCACUAGGUCUUCUGUGAAACUAACUUAGACUUAGAAUUCGUUAAAAUAUUAAACUACUUUUCGGGAUAAUUUCAAAUCGGUUUUUAGUUGGUAACAAAGUUGUAGACAAUUAAAUAAUCUAUCAGAUUCUUACUUUUAGUGUUGUUCGAAUGUCUAAAGCACCAUCUGGGGGCAGAAAUAUGAACUUGUUCCAUUGUAAAAUCUAUGUUUCCACAAAAAAAAACUUCAAAAAAAAAGUUGCUCUAGACCCCCCGACGGAUUAUUUUGAUUUUGGUUUCAAAUGAAAGGGGAAAGCCCAUUCUUUCAUAUCCUGAAGUUUUAGAGAUGCUGAAUUUUUUUGCAUAAAGUUGUUAAAAAAAGACACCGUGUCAUACUAUGCGUUAAACUGAGCAAUGCGAUAUAAUAUUAGUAGCGAAUAUAUUUUAGCUUGAGUUUAAAAGAAAAGCAUUAAUUAUACGAGGAAAUGAAACGUAUCAAAUGCAAAA